AUGGGCUGGCCAUCAUAUCGCCAUGUAUGGCGUGCAGAGGGAAGAUUGAUCAGACAAGCUCGCAUUAACAAGCCAAAUAAAAAACAACCAGUGGGAAGGCCGCGUCAACGAUGGAUGGAUCGAGUAAGAGAUGACUUAAAAAGAUUGAGAAUUGGAGCGAGUAUUGAGGAUACAGAAAAACAAGAACUUUGGAAAACUUUGGUGGAAGCUGCGAAGCGCCUAAAUGUGGUGGGCCUUCUAACCGCCUUACAGUACGAGUUCUUCCAUCGAUUUCUUGUGGUGCUCGGGUGUACAAACAUUGCGCACGGUUUCGGGGACCCGACGAAACAUUACCGGAGUCAGAUCGUCAACAAUUUCUUCGGCGAUUUGGACGCCUUCAGUAGAGGCAGCCAUCCGAAUUGCGUACCAAAAGAAAUGACCACUUUUAGUCAACAACCGAAUUGCGAGCACGGUCCAAUUGUGAACGGGUGGGCAUUGCAAUUUUCCUCCAGUGUCCUUCGUUCGUUAUCAUAA